CACUGCGUAAAUGCUCAGGAAACACCUCAGAAACUUUCUCCAGCAUGAAGCAGCUGCUUAAUGAACGGAUCUGCGCUUUAUUCCGCAGUAACUGGCAGCAAACUCUCACAUAUUGGAGUGUGUUUUUUAGUUUUGGACUCUGCGUCGCUUUUCUGGGUCCGACCAUCCUGGACCUGAGAUGUCAGACUCAGUCCACGCUACAGGAGAUCACUCUGGUCUUCUUCUCCCAACAGUUCUUGCUCUUUAUUGGAAGCACCAUUGGAGGAUUCUUCAGUAAAACGCUUGUGAGUUCUUUGUCAGCGUUGGCUGUAUCUAGCCUCACCAUCUCUGUGGUUUUUGCCAUCAUCCCACUAUGCCAUAAGCUGCUCGUGUUGGCCUUUGCCAUGGCGGUAUCUGGUCUUGCCAUGGGCAUCAUUGACACCAUCUCUAACCUACAGCUGGUCAAGAUCUACCAGAAAGACUCCACAGUUUUCCUGCAGGCCCUUCACUUCUUUGUGGGUCUCGGGGCAUUAGUGAGUCCCCUCAUCGCUGACCCCUUCCUGUCUGAGACCAGCUGUGUGAUUGGGAACAGCAGCACCAAUGCUACAUCAUUAAGGCAUCUGAGGAACAAGCUCGCAGGAAGACAUGUGCACAACGUGUCCAGUGUCCACCUCCACACCGACGGAGAGGUGGUGACCAAUGUUUCCUAUGCAUUCUGGAUCAUGGCUGUCGCCAAUCUUCCCAUUCCCAUCACGAUACUAAUCCUCAUGUAUCGUGAGCGACUGUUUGUGUGCCGCUCAGACCCCAGUCGACGUUUACUAGAUGGAGACGUGCUAGCGAUGAAAACCUGGGGAGCCACAGGUCUGACCGAAGACGCUGGACAUCAGAAAGACACUUCCAGAAGCCAUAAAGGCUUGUUCGGCUGCUGUCUCUUUGGCAACACGCACAGCUUUCCGCUGUCUUUCUUUGGGAUCCAUAUCCUCGGGGGUCUGGUGCUCUUCUUUUCUGACGGUAUAGUGGGCUCAUACACAGGCUUUGUGUACACCUACGCAGUGGAGCCCCCUAUGAAUCUACCUCACAAGACCGCCGGAUACUUGAGCUGCGUCUUCUGGGCGGCGAUCACUGCAGGCCGACUGUCAGCCAUACCUCUGUCCUACAGAUUUAAACCUGUCCGCUUGCUCAUCGUUAGUCAGGUGGGUGUGAUAGUCACACUUCUUCUGCUGCUAAUCGUCUCCAACAGUAGUGUGUUCCUCUUCAUCGGCACCUGCUGUCUCGGCCUAUUUAUAAGCAGUAUCUUCCCCUGCAUACUAGCAUUCACUGAAGACAUCCUGGAGUACAAAGGUUGUGCCACCACAGUCAUGGUGACCAGUGCAGGGAUGGGUGAGAUGUUACUCCAGGUGCUUGUGGGUUUGGUGAUGCACAAUCAAGGUAGCUUCAGUUUCCUGUUGUGUGGAAUGAUCUUUGACUGCCUGGGAUUCGCCACCUUCAUUCUGCUGUUCUUCGUCCAGCAAAGUCACAAAAAAUUAAUAGAUGUUUUACCUGGUGACUCCCCUGCUGAAAGACUUGAGGAAAACGGGAUCAAGACCUGUUCUGGUGCCGUGCUGAACUCAUGGGACACGUCAGAGCAGAAAACAUCCCUCGAUCCGUAACAAUGGAGAACAGAGAUGAAAAUAUGAGAGGAGCAAAGAGACAAUGGUGUCACUGACUCAGGGACAUCAAGGACCAAAUAUAUCCUUGGAUAAUCAUACAAAUCAUAGACGAUCGACAGAGCUAAAAAAAAAAAAUGUCAUGAAGUGUUAAGUUUAUUUUUGUAUUAAAAUAUUUUUGAUGAAUGAUCUUGUGCACAAAUGUCCCAAUUUAACCAGUUACAGUGGCUGCAAUGGAUGUGUGCAGUACAGUAAGUUUUAAAGAAAGUGUUUUUUUAUUGGAUGGAUUUUAUUUUAUUUCGAAAAGAUGGUGUUUAUUUUUUGAAACCCGCUGACCAAUCAGCAUUGGAAUAUCAGUGGGUUUUAUCGGAUCAAAAUAAUAGCAUAAAAAUAGUAUUUAUUAUUAUGUUUUUGAAUAUGUAAAAGCCCUGCGAUGUUUUCUUUGAAUGCAUCUGAAUUGGACUGGGUUCAUGCUUUGUGUUACUUUUGUUCUUCACAGCCUCAUUCAAACCCUACUGGGCUGGCUAUCCGUCUUAUUCACAAAUCAGUAGCUAAUUAAUUCUCUGCCAGGGCCGAUGUGCUCAUAACACAUUUGUGGUGAAGUGAUUAAGGUCAGAAAAGGACCUUAAAAAGUUUCCUUGUAUUGUGUUGUACAGCUUCAGGUCUGAUGGUUCAGUGACCUGGUGAUCCUGAUCGUUGGAGGUUGCGCUGUCAGCGUAUUUCUCUCGGCCUGGGGAAAAUCCUAUUUGUUUUUCUGGUUUAUGCAGGUGUCAGACAUGCUAACGUUAUCACAAUUGCUGCAUAAAUUAGGUCAGCUUUUGCUGCUGUAUUUGAUGAAGACACAGAAGCCAAACGAGUUACUGUUUUUCU